AUGGGGCAGACAGUUUCUCAUCAAUACGGAGGUAUUUAUGGACCCGAUCCGCAAAUGACUUAUUGUCCAAAAUGCGGCGAAUAUACCCUCACUAGAGUUACCUAUGUUAUGGGUCCUUUGGCAUGGUGUAUGGUCUUCAUGUUCGCUCUUGUUAGUCUGUUUAUCUUCUGCUUUUUGUUUCCACUCAUUUUUUUGCCGUUCUGUUUUAAUUUUUGGAAGGAUGCUGAACAUCGUUGUGGUGUAUGCAAUACCUAUAUUGGCAAGUUUAUACGUGAAUACGAGGACCACAGAUAUGGAAGGCGAAGAACUGUUGUGGUUAUUCAACCUCCUCCUCCUCAGCCUCAAGUUCAACCUGUUAUAAUGGCUCAUGCUCCUCCAGGUCAAGCUUAUACUCCGCCAACUAGUCCACCGCCGUAUCCACCAGCUAGUCCGCCGCCGUAUGCACGAAAACAAUGA